GUAACAUUAACCAAAAAGUACUCCGACGUUUUGAAUCAUUAAGCUGUUUUUCAUCAAAACACCGAAUGAAUUCUUCCUCGAGGCCUUAUUAUUCAUUACGUUCGCUAUUAUCAGAAAGGAAAAUAUGGACAAAAUAUUGCCGGAAAAGUGCAAAUGAUUGACCAUAAAAUCGGCUGCUAUAUUGUGGAGAAACAUGAAACGAACAAGAUGAAAAAAAUUUAUAGUAUCAGUGCUGAUGUCAGAAGCAGCGAUAGCUUCGAAACUACAAGGCGUCUGUACAAAAAUAUAACAGAAAUUGCUAAAAAGUUGGAUGAGCAGAAGGGUCGAGCACUGACUGUGAUUGAUAUUUUCACUCCAUCCGGAGAAUCAUUAAGAGUCAAGUUAAGGGAUUAUUGUGAAAGAUUGAUGAUCAAUGAUCCUAUUACUCAUGUGCAAAAAACUGAAGAAUUACUUUGGAGAAGAGGAUUCUAUGAUAUCUUCUCAAUUGCAAAGAAAUUACGCAAAGGCAAUGCCUGGAAUGAUAUGGAAAAAGCUUUUCUGUCAGCUCACUUAUCAGUUGGAGUUGGAUUUUAUCAUCAUUUGAUUUUACGCUUACAAUUGGAAUAUGAUUUAAGUUUAACAGGUGUUAUUGACUUUGCUUAUCCACUUAGCCUAAAGGUGGAAAAGCCUGUAAGUUCUAAGACUCAAAAUGUUGAAGCUAAAAAGUCAAUUUUCCACUUUAUUCAUAGAAGUUUGAUAUGUCUUGGUGACUUAGCUCGUUACCAAUUAGACCUUGAUCCAAAUUGGGAUCCACAGAUAGCUACACGCUAUUAUAAAAUGGCGAUAGCCAUGGACAACAAAUAUGGAAUGCCACACAAUCAGUUAGGUACUGUGGCUAGCAACAAAAAUUAUGGACUUGAUGCUGUUUAUCAUUAUAUGAGGAGUACACUAUGUGCAGAACCUUUUGAAGGAGCAGAAGGUAAUUUGAAGCGCACAAUUAUAAUUCAUUCCAUCAAUGGAAAAGAGAAAUGUUUGACACAAUUUUGCGUGGCAAGACUGUUGUCUUUACUACAGUUAUGGGAUAAUAAUUCUAUAAAUAUUGAUAAAAUUAACCAAGAGUCACAAACUCUCUUAACCGACAUUGAGAAUUGUCUAAAUGUAGAUAAAUCUGAAACUAUUGAUCAAAAAGCUGCAGAAAAUGAGGAUAGUAUUGAAAAAUAUCUCUUGACUUACAAAAAUGAUGAAACUACUUAUUUAACUGAAGAUAUGAUUUUCAAAAUUAUUGUUAUUUGUUUUAUGAAAAUUUAUAAAAUAGCAACAAACGAACCUAGUGAAGUUCAUGGAGUUAUAGCUUUUGUUUUAGCUGUUUUCUCACAAACAUUGCAAUUUGUUGUAAUAAGAUUACAAGAAUCUCUUUUAGAUAUAUCUAUGGCUAAUAAAAAUUAUGAAUUGGAGAAAGCAGAUAGUGGCAAACAGGUUAUUGAUGACAAGGAAAAAAUGAAAAAAGAGGAAUUGAAUAAUAAAACCGAAGAUAAAGAAAAUAAUUCUAACAAUUUUAAUGAGGAAAAGUUUGAAAUAAACGGAAACCAUAUCAAUGGAAAAUUGAAAAAAUCAAAGGAUAGAUCUAAAAAUCUUUUGAAAAAACUUCGUCGUCCACGAAAUCGUAAGAAUAGUUCAGAUUCUGAAGCUAGUGAUGGAGAAGGUAUGAAUUCAAGAUCCUCUAGUGAUGGUCUAAAUUCGGACGUAUCUGAAACUGAAGAGGAUUUUUUGAGCGAUGAAAAUGUAUUAUCUGACGAGGUGUUAUCUGAGGAUGUGACAGAUGACGAAAAAUCUUCCGUCAAAGAAAAAACCCUUAAUAAGUCUAAUAAAGAUACAAACGAAACUAAUGGCUGUGAGAAGGCAGAUGUAAAGGAAAAACUUAUUGAAGAAAAUGAAAAUGACGAUGGAAAUAAAACUAGUAAUCAGACAAGUAAUAAUGAGGAAAACAAGGGAAACAAAAAUAUCACCGUAAUUUCAAAGAAUGUAUUUGAUGAAAACAGUACUUCAGUAAGUACACUUACUUAUGUUGUUCAAAAAGAAAAACAAAACCUAGAUCCCAUCAAAGUUCUCAAAGUUCUGAUUGAUGAAAAAAUGUUGAUCUCAAUAAAGAUAUGUUGCGAUUGGUUGCAAGGUCAUCAAGACAUCAUUAGAUCUUGUGCUAAAGGAUCGAAAAUACUAUUGAAACGAUUGACGACUUUAUUUAAUUUGAUCAAUCUUGAUGGUGAUGAAACGCUUAAAAAAUGCAACAAAAAUUUUGAAUUAUUUACAACUUUAAAAGUAAAAGAUGCGGUCAACAUUGUUCCUUUACCAGAAGAUACCGAUUUGAGUGGUUUAAAGAUAUUUGAGGAUGCUCACAAAAACAUCGAUUGGAAAAUUCUACGCCACAAAAAGAUGACUAACUACGAAGAAACAAUAUUGAGAGCUUUAAAAAUAGUAAACUUUGGCCACUUUUUAUGCUCAGUUUCGGAGUCUGGAGUAAGUUACGACGAGAAGAAAAAUUUAUUUAUUGUUCAAGAAACUAACGUACCCAAAGAAAGUCAAACUGAUAAUAAGAAUUUCGAGUUGGAUCAAACCAAAGGAAAGUUGAUGAGACACAUGGGUAAAUUAUGGUUGAAAGCAGAAGUGAGGGCAUUGGAAAAUCGUGUACAUCGUAGGUUGAUAUCUCCUUACUUGGUUCUCGAUCAUGAUGCGUUUUCUAAGUUCAUGCCCGUCGUGAAACAUUUGGUUUAUUCUAAGAAAUUCAUCGUUGUUAUUCCAUCAGUUGUAAUAUCUGCUCUGGAUGAGCUUAAAAGAAUAAGUGGUCAUGCACGAGAAGCGACGAGAUGGUUGGAGUCACAGUUGCAACGUGGUUCACGAUUUUUGAGAGCACAGAGACCUCAUGAAAAGUUGCCGUUGCCCUUGAUAAAAGCACCAAAACCUAAAGACAAGGAGGCUUGGCUCUACUUCCAGAUAGUCGAAUGUUGCCAUUAUCUCACUCAACAGAGCAACGCUGGUGAUUCGGAAAUUCCUGUCGUUACUUUGUUAACUGGUAACGACGAUAGAAAAAUCGUUGCUAUUUGCCCAGAUGGUUUGGCUAACAGUGCUGGUGUAAAUUUUGAGCACAUCGGCGCUUUCUACGCGAAAUGGAAGUCAUCCAUAAAAAGUUAUGGUUGAAAGGAUUGUAUACAUUCGUGAAGCGACAAAGACGAGAAAUAUAAGAGUGAUCAACGGGUAUACCAGUAUGUGUAGGUCGAGUUGAUUCUACAGUCACGGAGGGUUUGAAUACUCUGGGAGAAAAAAGUGUCUCUUACAAUACUACAGUCUACUACACCGGGAGACGUAGCAAGCGUCCCGAGUCAAAGAAACAUCUACGUGACAGCAAUUUUUUCUAACAUUCUUUGAAUAUUUUGUUAAACGAUUGAAUAAAGUUAUUCUGUUUUUUUCUCAUUAAUAAUUUAUGUACCAUCAUAAUGUAUUGUCAUAACAUCGAUAAUAACAAUCAUCUGUCGAAACUUAGUAUUUGAAAAGUUUAGCUAUCUUCAAAAAUUAUUAGCGAAUAAAAAAGUACCGC